GAGCUCAGCUGAGCCAGUACUUUGAUGCUAUCAAGAAUUCUCAGCAUGUAGAAGUCGAGAGCAUCCCUUUGCCAGACAUGCCACAUGCUCCUUCCAACAUAUUGAUCCAGGACCUUCCACUUCCUGGUGCCCAGCCACCCUCCAUUCUUAAAAAAAAAACCUCGGCCUAUGGGCCUCCAACUCGAGCAGUGUAUUCCCUUCCUCUCCUUGGACAUGGUGUUCCAUGUUUGCCCCCUGGCAGAAAACCACCUGGCCCUCCCCCUGGCCCAGCUCCUCCUCAAGUCCUGCAGAUGUAUGGUCGUAAAGUUCGCUUUGCUCCAGAUCUUCCCACUCGGAGGCAAGGUGAAGACAUGCCGUAUGGUCCAGAACUUGUUCAGCGGGGUCAUGAUGACGGUGGCUAUCCUGAGGACAUGGAUCAGGAUAAGUAUGACGACAGCACUGAGGUCAGUGACACUGACAGAUGUGAGGCAGAGAGUGGGGGGGGGUGAGUUGGGGCACCGUGAUGACAGUGAGGAAGUCUAUCCUGAGGAAAAGAAGUCAGGUCUGAGUGUCCGAUUUGCUGAUAUGCCUGGAAAAUCGAGGAAGAAGAAGAACAUGAAGGAUCUGACUCCUCUUCAAGCCAUGAUGCUUCGAAUGGCAGGUCAGGAAAUCCCUGAGGAAGGACAAGAAGUGGAGGAAUUUUCAGAGGAGGAGGAGGAUGAGGACUCUGGUGAUUCUGAAUCGGAAAGCAGUGGCAAAAGCAGCAUAAAGAGGACUGCCACUCUGAUGGCACAUCUGCUGCCCCUUCACAACAACAGGCUCCUCCACAGUCUGCCCCUCCUUCUCAGAUCCAAGCACCUCCCGAGCCAGGACCACCACCUCUUGGAUCACUGCCUGUCCCACCCUUAUGGCCUCCUGGACCACCUCCAGGGGCUCCUCCGUUCCUGAGACCACCUGGAAUUCCACAAAUCCAAGGGCCUUUACCACAACUUUUACCUCCAGGACCACCACCAGGCCGACCAUCUGGCCCUCCACCAGGUCCCCCUCCUCGAGGACCCCCACCAAGGCUACCUCC